AUGGAUGAUUCAUUCAAUUUUGCUCUAAGAUCAGGUUUAGUCUCGGGUAUAAAUAUCCCAUUACUAUAUCUAAUCCCAUUAAAAUCAGGUCCUUUAUUAAUGUUAAUUAAUCAAAGUUAUGAAAAUUUAAUUGUUUAUCAUAAAUUUAUUGGUGUGUUGGUCAUAGUGAUGGCAUUGAUUCAUGGUCUAGCUUUUUCAUGGUGUUUAACUUGGGAUUAUUUAUUUAAUGGAAUAAAAGGUCAAACUGGUAUAUCAUCAAUCUUUCUUUUUGGUUUAAUUUCAAUAAGUUCAUGGAGUUAUAUAAGGACCAAGUGGUAUGAAGUUUUUUAUUAUUUACAUUUAUUAAGUUUUGUUGGAUUCUUACCUUUGUUAUAUAAACAUCAUUAUGUUUGUAAACCAUUUGUGUUAUUCAUUAUUGGAUUUUUAGGAUUUGAUAGAAUUGUUAGAUUAAUUUGGAAAUUUUGGAUUGGUCAAGUUGAAAUUAUAAAUAUAACUCCAUUAGAUGAGUUUAUGAUAUUAGAAAUUGAUUUGAAUUAUCAAAGACUGAAUAAAUAUCAAAAAUUUAUAAAUAUUUGUUUAUUUAAAUAUGGUAAAACGUUCCAAUGGGAUAUUUCAAAUCAUUUAUUUAUAAAUAUACCAUGGAUCUCAUUGACUCAAUCACAUCCAUUCACUAUAGCUAAUCAUCCAAUAGAUUCCAACCCAAUAUUAAUAAUCAAAAUACAUAAAGGUUUUACCAAAAAAUUAUUCCAUCAUGCCCUUAAAACAAAUAACCAGGUAUAUACAUGUUUUAUUCAUGGUCCUUAUGGUAAUACUUUUGAAAAAUUUCCAAUUCAUCAUCAUGAACCAACAUCAUCACCUUUUGAAAUAAUUAAACCAAAUACAACAACCACAGAAACAACUCAAUUAAUAUCAAAAAAUUCAUUUUCUUCAAUAACAACAACUGCAUCAUCAAUAACCCCUCCAAAACAAAAAAUCAUAUUUAUUGCAGGUGGUGCAGGAAUUUCAUUUAUUUUAUCAUCAUUCCAUCAUUUCCAUAAUUCUUCAGAAUUUGAUAUAUCAUUCAUUUGGAUAAUUAGAAAUCCAUCACUAUUAACCAAGAUAAAAUUUCAUAAUAAUGAUCAAGUUAUAAUUUGGUAUACUUCUACUCAAGGAAGACCUCAAAUAUCACAAUUGAUUUAUGAUUCACUAAAUGAAGAUUAUUCCAAGAUUAGUAUAAUAAGUUGUGGUCCAACAACAUUAAUUAAUGAUUUAAAAACUAUAGUUUGGAAAGAAUCUUCAAAUUAUAAUAUUAAUUUAAUAACUGAAGAAUUUUCAUUCUAA